CAUUGUAUGAAUUAACGAUGGAGUUGAAGGGGGAGGGGUUGAAGAGAGUGAAGCCCUACGUGGCAGUAAUUCUGUUGCAGUGUGGCAAUUCUGGCUUUGCAUUAAUAGCCAAAGCUGCCCUCAACAAAGGAACUAAUCAUUUCACAUUUGCUGUCUACCGUAAUGCUUUUGCUGCAGCCCUUUUUAUCCCUUUCUCCCUCCUGCUCGAGAGGAAAGGUAGGCCAAGAAUGACAACGGGAGUCUUUGCCAAGAUCUUGAUGCUAGCCGUACUGGACCCGGUUUUGGGUCAGAACAUGUUCUAUGCGGGAAUGAACCUGACCACGGUCACUUUUACAGCGGCACUGAGUAAUCUUCUGCCGGCGAUUACUUUUGUCAUAGCCUGGAUUCUCAGGGUUGAGAAGGUGGAUUUCAAAAGAAUCGGCAGCCAUGCGAAGAUCGCCGGCACGGCGGUGGCCGUCGCCGGCGCCAUGGUCAUGACUUUGGUAAGUGGGCCCACCGUCGGACUGCCGUGGACCCACAGCUCCCACGACGGUUCUGCUGCACUUCCACGUCAUCGUUCCUCCAGCAACCCCACCGCCGGCGAUCUCAUGGUCGUCGCCGGCAACUUCGGUUAUGCUCUAUUUUUCAUUCUCCAGGCGCAUACGUUGAAGUCAUACCCUGCGGUGCUUUCUCUGACGGCGUUGAUAUGCACGACGGGGGCACUGUUAGGAACCGUACUGACCUUCGCUGUAGAGAGAGGGAACACUGCAAUUUGGGCACUCGGAUGGAACGCAACGCUUUUGGCUUACGUCUAUGGAGGAGUCGUUGCUUCUGGGAUUACUUAUUUCAUUGCAGGGGUGAUAAUGAAGGAAAAAGGCCCUGUCUUUCUAACAUCUUUCAAUCCUCUCAGCCUCGUCAUUGUCGCCAUUCUCAGUUCCUUUGUCUUCGCUGAGCAGAUGACGGUCGGAAAGAUUACAGGGGCGAUUGUAAUUGUGGCUGGUGUCUACUUAUUUAUAUGGGGCAAGAGCAAAGAUGCCAUUGUUGAUGACCGUGACGCUGCUGAACCACUCCCGAAGGGUGAGGAUGCAGAAGAGUCACAGACUGUCGCUGUAGCAAAUGCCGUUUAACCGGAUAUGCAUCAUUUGUCUAAUUUCUGCUCUGCAUCUAUGCAGUUGACAGUGUGUUGUUACUUUUGCAUGAAGUCACCUCAGACUUUCUAGUUAGAUAAUCUUUAAUACUUAUAAUUGUUGACAAUGGAAAUGUAUCCAUCAAAGAGGUUGAAACUUGCUAUUAUGCUAUAUCCUCGUUUCCAAUUGCAUUAUUA